AGCACCAGGCCUGGUUUUGUAUGCCUGCCGCAAACUAGUGGAUUUGGCAGAACCCACCGCCGCCAUCUUCUUUGGCUACCCAACCCAGCUGUACGAUGGCGUCCCAGACCAGUAGGUGGUAGUAAGUGGCAGUAACUUACCGCCUUCAUCAUCAACCUGAGAGGAGUAAAAGGUCAAUACUGGCAACAUGGCAGCGCACGUUCUACAGGGAGACUAUCUUUGGUAGUAACUCCUGCUGCUUCAAAACCCAUCUGCAAAUACAAUGUCUCUUGGCAAGACUGCUGUCAAGGUGGUACAUUUAGGCAGGAUUUCUUACUGCAGUGCCUUGAAGAUACAGCAACAGCACAUAAAGCAACAUCUGGAUUCAUUCAGUAACAGCCCAAACACUCUAUUACUAUGUGAACAUGAACCUGUGUACACCAUUGGCAUCAGACAGGCCCAGUACCCUCCUGAGGAGGAACAAAGAUUGAAAGCCCUGGGUGCAGACUUCUUCCGUACAAACCGAGGAGGUCUUAUAACAUUCCAUGGGCCUGGUCAGUUAGUGUGCUACCCUGUACUCAAUCUUGGCUGCUUUAAGAAGAGCGUGAGAUGGUACGUGUGUGAACUUGAAAGGACUGUGAUCAGAUUGUGCAGUAAAUUUGGGAUCAAAGCCUCCACUUCACCAGAUACAGGAGUCUGGGUGGGCAGCAAUAAAAUUUGUGCAAUUGGUAUCCAUUGUGGAAGAUACAUAACCUCCCAUGGUUUGGCUCUAAACUGCAAUACAGACAUGAGUUGGUUUCAUAACAUUGUACCAUGUGGGCUUGUGGGGAAAGGUGUGACCUCACUGAGCCAAGAACUGAGACGGGAUGUCCCAACUGAGGAGGCCAUUCCAAAACUACUUGAAGCCUUCACUGAACAAUUCAACUGCACUUUAACAUACAGUGAUCAAUUAAAACAAAGAUGUUUAUGAAUAUCUACUUCAUUGUAAAUGGUAGUGGUUUAAUUAAAGUAUAUGAAAAUCUGUCUGCUUGUAUGAUUAAUUCACAUGUUUGUGUUAGAUUGUCAGUGCUAUGAUAUUUUGAUAUACUGU